AUCGCAGCUGAUGCUUUUAUUGAACAGUAGCACAUAACCUGAACUGUCAAAUAGCACGGUAUCUGAAAUAUAUUGAUUCCAUACGAACUUUCGUCGACCACUGUGUUAUAAUUGAAUAGUCUUUUCUUCGAUGUAGUUAAUUGCGUAGAUAAUUAGGCAAUCCGUAAUUAUGUUUGAGUUACCAGCAGAAUUAACAACCAAGCCAUUAGCUCUCAUUGGCUUGACUGGCUUAGAUAUUACAAAUCCUGUACAUCGUUCAAUUUGGGAUGCAUUCAGUAAUAAUCGUAGAUUGGAAGUUUCUGCUAUUCAGUUUACAUUACUUAACCUUACACAUGAAUUUCCUACAGUAAAACCCAAGCGUAACUCAUAUGAAUGGUAUAUACCCAAAGGAAUAUUGAAACGUAAUUGGAUGAAUAAAUACCUUAAUGAAGUUCCAGCAGUUGUGGUUGUAUUUUAUGAUUUAGAUUGGAAUGAUCCUCAAUGGAAUGAGAAAAAAAUGGAAUGCGCUUCUAGAGUACAAACACUUAGAAAUGCUUUGGAAGGCAGAAGUACAAAAAUAGCUGUUGUACUCAUACAGCAUUGUACACAACCACCACCAGGUUCAGAAGAUGCUUUAGCAACUGAACGUGGUACGGCUGUUUGUGGAGCUUGUGAACUACCUCCAAAAUUAUUGUAUAUUUUACCUCAUGGAGAUCACUUAUUAGGAUAUACAUCUAGAUUAGAAAGUGCAUUAUACGACCUAGCACAGAGCUUUUAUCAUCACGAGUAUCGUAUUGUAAAAGGACAUAGAGAUCAACUUAAUAAAACUGUACAUCAACACCUAUUUGUACGUCAUCAGUUUAAAAUGGCAUUUUUAAAUGAACUUAAACAGGAUCAAAAUGUGGCUAGAAGGCACUAUGAGCAAGCAUAUAAUAAUCUGUUGGAGAUAAAAAUGACUGACACAAAUGCAAUGGAAGUUAAAACUAUUGUUAGUUUCAUAAACUAUAAAUUAUGUAAAAUAAUGUUCAAUUUAAAUGUUCCGAAAGAAGCUAUAUCACAAUUCAGACUUUAUACCGAUAGAUUCAAAUUGAAGACUGGUCUAAAGGAGCUUAUGUUUGAACAUCAUGCAUGGAUGUGUAGUCAAUUUUCUACAUUCGCAGAAUUAUUUGAUGGCGCUAUUCGGCAGGGACUUCCCGCCGUUCAAACCCAGCAUCCCGGAUAUUACUUUCAAUCAGCGGCUCAACACGCAGGCUUGAGGCAAACAGCUUGCAAAGAACUCUGUCAGAAUGUUGACAGUUAUCCAGAACCAGACCCUUUAGCUGGAGAAGACAAACUUGAAUUUUAUGGACAACGACCAUGGCGACCUGGAAAAUUAAGCGCUGAACCCACGGAUCCAGUGAAAGAAGCCAUUGCUAUACAGGCUUUACAGUACAAAGAAAAGCAUACGGUCGAUCAUUCCAAAAUAAUUAUUGGGCUUUUAGGACAUGCAAUUUCACAAUUCAAAGUGUAUAGAUGUCCAAGGAUGAGAAGAGUAUUAGUGGUACAAAUGGCCGAGGAAUAUUAUAAUUCAAAGGAUUAUGGAAAAGUUCUUACAUUAUUGAUGCACAUGUUGUGGGAAUAUCACGGUGAACGGUGGCCCGUCUUAAUCACAAAUAUCUUAAAGAAUGCGUUACGAGCGGCUUACCUAUCCACGAGUAUCCAAGACUACAUCACGUUAGCAUUCGAAGCGCUGGGACCUUCCACUACGUUUUCGGAAGAUUACAAAGUCGCUGUUUAUAAUAACAUUAUCAAUAUUCUUCACAAGAAACCACCAAAUCCGGAGCCCGAUUUACCCGACGAUGUAAAACAUUCUGCGUUAGAUAAGUGGGUAAUGGAUCUCAAUCAAUCAGAACCAAUUGUCUUUACAAUUGACGAUAAUAAUAUGAGUUCGUUUGUAGAAGUUAAGGCCCGAUUCUUGCAAGCAAAAUAUGCUGUUAACUCUACGGUCAGCGUAGAAGUUAUUAUUAGGAAUUCAUAUAGCAAUACUAUAGCGUUUUCUAAAGUAUCGAUAACGAUUGGUAGUCCAGGUUAUAAUUCAGAAUUUACUGUUACUGAUGCUGAAAAUAGUAAUCUUAUUUUUCAUGGAAAAGAAACGAAGAAAUUUCUUCACCAAUUUCAAGCGCCACAGCAAAGCGAUGGUAGCGAGAUACGCAUCACCACUAUUUCAUUAUACAUGGGUAGUGAUACCGUUUGUUGUAUUGUUUUGCGAUUUUCGGCUGUGGGAAGAGAAACAAAUUUUUUGAGUCGAUUGUAUCCUGAAAUACAACAACUUCGCAGAGGAGAAUUUGAAACAAUACAACCGCUAGUCAAUGCAGAAAUAAAACAAGAAGAGUCUAGUCUGAAUAUAAGUGCUGAAUCCAACAACCCAGCACUUUUAGGAGAAUGGCUUCCCAUUCAAAUAUCUGUUGUUGCUAAUGAAAACAUAGUAUCGGCACUUUUAUGCGUGUCACUUGUAUCCGAUGGAGCAAAUGAACAAUCAACUGAAUUAAGUUUAACAAUGCUUAACAAACAGUCGUUAAUAUCGAUACCAAUUGAUAAUCUAGAGAAGAAUUGCAUCACUAAUAAAACUGUAUAUUUAAGAGCCCAUAAAGUUGGCGAUAGAAAUAUUCACAUAAAGGUUGAGUACUCGAGAUCUGAACAAAUAAAAGGAACUAAAGAAUUGACGUAUUCGUUGUCAGUUGCAAAGCCAUUCGAAGUUUUGACAUUAUUUUACACUACAUUUUUCGAACCGCUACCGAAAGGUUUCGUUAACGAACCUUUCAUACUAAUGCCUCACAUUUCUUGCGUUUCUCCGUGGCCUAUAAACAUUAUUAGCACGUCCAUAGAGUUAGGUGAUUCUAUAGAAAAGGAAACUCAAAAUGAAUCGAUUUCCGCUUUAGCGGGUAUUACACUUUCCGAAGGUGAAACAGGUACGGAUUCGUAUUGUUUGUUACCAAAGGGUGGUGGUGAGCAACCUAUGAGUACAGGAGUAUACACCAUCAAAUGGAAACGUGCAAACGACGAGAAUGCAUUAGAAACUAGCAGCAGUGUAACUUUAGCUCCUUUAUGGGUCGAGGAUGCAAUGAUCGGUUUAGAAGCUAAAUUGCCAGCCCAUGGUUGGGUUCGUACGCCGCUACUCGUAUCGUACUUUAUAAAAAAUCAUUCCGAUUAUAUGAUAACAUUGCGAUUGACCAUGGAAGCUAGCGACGCGUUUAUGUUUGCUGGUCAUAAACAAAUCGAUAUUUACAUACUUCCGAAAAAUGAAAGGAAAGUCGAAUGGAUAUUACGGCCACUGGUGGCUGGCUUUGUUCAACUUCCAAGUUUAUCUUUAACAGUUCCUGCUGACGAGGAACACAAAUUAAGUAAAGCGCGACUUCUGGAGGUUAUAGAGCGAUCAUUACCAAGUCACAUAUAUAUCCUGCCAACAUCACAAACCAUAGAAGAAUAAAUGAACCGAUAAGAAGAUAUACAAAUUUCACAACUUCUAUUAAAAUGUAUUAUUGAAACGUUAGAUAUACAUACAUAUAUUGCACAUAAAUCGUAAAUGCAAAAGCAUUUCAUAUUUAGGAUUAUGAAUGUCAUCUAUCAAAUGUAAUUUAUUUAUGUUACUUCAACGUGUAAUAAAAAAUAUUGAAAUAUU